AUGGCAUCUCCACGCUCGUCGGGUACAGCCGGCCGGGAUUCACCAAAUCCAAGCUUUAAUGAACCUUUUCAAUUUGACGAACAGAAAUUGUUGUCUAAUGCUGCUAACCCUGAGAAACAAGAAUUGUAUGUUUUUAAUUGGUUGGCAAAUUUAGAAAGAGAGUUAAAAAGAAAUGACAAGGAAACAGUGAAAACAGCUCAAACCAACCUUGAAAAGCAAUUAUUAAAAUUUAUGUCAUUCACCUCACCAAAACCCAGUAGACCAGUUCGGCAGCUUAUUUCAAGAUGUUUUGUAAUUAUUUAUAUAAAGGGCGAUUCAAGAACUUUGUUUGAUACUGUCACUACUUUACAAAACUAUGUCAAUGCGGGGAAAGGUACUGGUGAAAAAGAAAAGAAAUUAGCAGCCUUACAUUGCAUUGGCAUUAUUAUGAAAUCAAUAGGAGAUCGCAUUUUGUCGUUGCUUCCCGAAACAAUCAAUAUUUGCCUCAAGACUACCAAGAAUACAGCCAAUCCAUUAAUUGUUCGUCUGGAGGCAAUUAAUACAAUCACCAGAGCACUCGAAGGAGCAGCUAAAGGAGCAACAGAAUUACUUGUAAAGGACAUUAUGAAACAAUUAAAGGCCGGAUUAAACGACAAGGCCCUGAUAAUCAAAGACGCAACUAUCAAGUGCAUGCAUUCUGUAGCUAAAUACACACAUCAACUUUAUCCAAUUACGGCUAAUGAAUUAGAUCAGUUACUGUCUCAGAUGGUCAGAGUACUUGAUGGCUCUAAUCAAACUAUCCGCCGUUCUGUAGCUGCAUAUAUAUCGACUUUACUUGAAGGGACACAAGGCGAAGUAGACUUUUUAGCAUCUUCAACUCCGAAUAAAAAUAAAACAUCCACAACGUCACAUCCUAAUACGCAUUCUUCGCAAACACCGGGAAGUCCCACUCUCAGCUCUUCACCGGAUCCUGUUAAGGUUAUGUUAUCUGUUGAAGAGAUGUUAUCUCAUUUGUCCUCAAUUUACAAUAAACAAUCUGCGCGAGAGAUGCGUUCCGCAAUUAUUGAAGCCUAUUCAGCUCUCUUUAUUAAAUUGGGCACUAAAUAUGUGGAACUAAAUUAUGCGGAGAUUGCUCGACAUUUAUUGAAAGAACUCGUGUCCCAUACCAAAAAUAUGAACUCUCGAUAUGAUACGCUCAAUGUACGUGAACAUUGUGGACUGCUGUUACGUGAUGUUAUUGGUACGAGACUAUUAAGUGAACAAGGUCAAGUAACAGCUGUUCGAGAGUUAGUACAAAAUUGGGUCAAACAAUGGCCAGCAUUGACACAUAAUCAAGUUGAACCAACGAAAUUGUCUCUUGUAUGUGCUGUCAAUGAGAUAUCUGGAUUAUUGCUAGACUUAGGGGGAGCUGCUAGCACUGUUUCGGAUGUACUUGUAGAUCCAUUGAUUAAUCUUUUAAGCCACCCAAGUUACUCUGUACAAAUUGCAGCUGCAUG